GGUACGUAAUCACCCGCUCGCGGCACCAGGCUAGGGUUUCCUGUCCCUUUCCCUUAGGGUUUUCCCACGCAACCACUCCUCUCUCCACCAGGGCCUUCGGAUUAGAUUCCGAGGAUGACGGGGAAGGCCAAGCCGAAGAAGCACACAGCGAAGGAGAUCGCGCUCAAGAUCGACGCGGCGACGACGAAUCGGGGCGGCGGGAAGGCCGGGCAAGCGGACCGUUCGGGCAUAGAGAAGGGCGGACACGCCAAGCUAGAGUGCCCGCACUGCAAGGUGACGGCGCCGGACGUGAAGUCUAUGCAGAUCCACCACGACGCCAAGCACCCCAAGAUCGGCUUCGAUGAGACCAAGCUCAACAAUCUUCACGCCUCCCUUGGCGCCGAUACCUCCAAGGGCCGCCCUGGCAUCCGUGGCAGCCACAAGAAUUAAUCUAGACGGCUUGUGACUGAAGGUGUCUGGAUUUGCAUUGACAUGAACUUGGUUCAUAUGUUUGUCUAUGUUUGUGGUUGACUUAAUGGAUGUGAAGAACCUAUAUUAUCUGGUUUAUAUUAGAUUCUGCUUACUUAUUUUUAUCUAAGUUGGUGUCUAUGUAGAUCCUUAAUGGCAACAAGUGUUGCUGAGAAUGUUGUGGUAAUUGCUUUUCUCUUUGGUUUUUCCUCCGAUCUAUGCAAUUGGAGUUAUGGCAUCUGAAUAAAGUUACAAUCUGCUUUGUUCUUGUA